GUUUGUCUGCGUCGUCACCGUAACCCAGACCGUUGCCGGAAGUCGUCGCAAGUGUGGUCGUUACGAGUGUGUUCGACUCCGCUAACGACCCGAGGAGUGAUUGUAAUCCGGAGGAGGAUUAUUGGAAAAUACAAACGCUAGAACAGAAUCAGUGUUCAGGCGGGAAUCCUGCCGUGUGCGUAUACAUGUGUGCGAACCAAGACCUUUAGCAAGCAGGAAAAGCAACAACUAGGCCAAAGCAACAAAGGCUGACCAUGAACUAGACUCCAAACCGCACCACGACUCACCGCGACUGUUGGAGCGACGGCGUCCUCGUGCGAAAGGGAGGAACCCCGUUCGAGCGGCGAUGCGGAAGGGCGCGGGGCGAGAGAGCGAAGAGAGAGAGCCGAACAUGCCGUCCUCAGCGCCAGGAUCCCCCUCGAACGCGCCCGAAGGAACGGCCAGCGGUGUGAGACUCCUCCGCCCUUCGGCAGGAUGUUAAGCGGAGGACGCAGGACGGCAUGGCUCCCUCCACGGACUCCCCAUGGCCGCCGUCGUUCCCUCGCGACGUGGCCUCGUCGGUGGUGGCCUCGGUCCAGCACGUGACGUCAUCGGUCCGGCUCUUGCUGGUGGGCUGCUUCCAGUGUCAGUCCCUCAGGAUCGGCUGCUGGAGGCGCCAGGAGGAACCCGACGGGGCGUGGUUCGACUGCGAGAAGCUCCAGGUCGAGCACCCCUUCUGCUACGUGAACCCCGUGGCGCUGACGGAGCCCUCUUCGGCGACGGCCUCCCCCCCGCUUCGGGAGAACCACGUGACCGCUCCCGCCGACGGCAGUGGCAAGGCCGCGUCGGGGAGGGGCGCCGGCACCUCGCUCCUGGCGGCGCCUCGCCCCUCCAGCCUCCCCUCCUACUCCAGCUACUCCACCUCGAGCCCCUACAAGGCAAAGGGAGAGGCCCUCCCCAACGGCAGCGCCACCCUGCUGCGGAACGGCGGCCCGCCCGCCCUCAAGAACGGCGACGUCCACCGUAGCAGCAGCCUCGUCGAGUCCUUCGCGGCCAAGCUCGAGGCGGACAUUCGCAAGCUCGAGUACGACCGCCAGCGGGCCGAGGGCGAGGCGGUGCCCAGGACUCCGCAGAAUGACUUUCUCCUCGGGGACGCGAUCCUCGAGCUGCCCGACUACCUCAGGGACGCGGCGACGGAGGAGAUGGGCGCCGAGGACGUCGACUUCCUCAGCGACAUCCGGCUCGACUGCCGCGGAUUCGACGACUGCGCGGACGUCGAGGCUGGUGAGAGGCCCGUCGGCGCCCGGGAGGUGUGGCAGCCGGAGGAGCUCGAGGAUGCCUUCGAGUGCUACAACAUGGCGGCCUUCUACUCCUACGGCGCCCCCCUCGCCUCGAGCGGCGGCCGGAACGCGGCGAAGCUCAGAGGGGAAAAGUUUGAAGAGGUGUUUCCAGUCACUUUCCACAACAACAACACUAUAAAAGUCUACAAACCGGCGAGUGAAAGUGAGAGUCCGUUGACUUUACCCGCGAAGGACGAAGUUGUGAUAGAGAACGAGACAGAAACUCCCUGUGAACAGACUAAGCGAAUUGUAACAGAAGACCAACUGAGGGAAUUUAUCAAAAUGUGCGUUUUCGCCGAAGACGUGAGCGAAGUUAAAGUUCCUUGUACGAAAGGUACAAGCAUCUGUGAUGAUAACGUAUAUUAUUGUAGUAAAAGCUUUAAUAAGCAUCUUAUUUAUAAUCUAGUCAAAUCCACAAUGUCUGAAUGUAGUAAAAAUUAUUCUCAGUCCAUUGCUGUAUGUGUAAAUUAUCCAGUUCAUUUAGUACAAAGCAAAGUUCUCAGCGUUUUACAGGACCAAGGAAAUCAGUAUGAGCCGAUUCCUUCCGGUCUGCAGGUAUUCAGAUCCAACACGCUCUUCAGUGUCUCCGAUAACCUGUUUUACCAGAACCAACUCAUGACCGAGAGACGCAUAGAAAACGUAGUGAUGGACGAGCUGAAGAAGGAGGACAAACUAUGGCAAAAUGUAAGCCAGGAAGAGAAGGAAUUGAAGGAGGCUAUAACGACAGAAAUCCUAGACGAUAUCCUGGGUGAUACGACGUCGCUUUUCAAGUCUAUAUUAGAAAAGAAAUUAUUAACAUGACCGUGCCUUAAUACUUUAUUAAAAUGAAUGAUGUUGCGUCAUUUUUCUUUUCAGUGUUCAACACAUACUGUUGGGGCAUUUACGAAAUAAGAAAGACCAGAAACUGUAGCAAUGUGCGAAUAUUGUCUUUGUUAAAGAUAAUCGUCCCUUGAUAAUAACUAUUUAGUAUUACAAUCCUAUGCAUGAGUACAAUCAUGAAUUAUUUUCAUAUAUCAUCUGUGACAUUAAUUAUUAUGUAAUGGACUUAAUUAUAUCGUGUACCAGUUACUUAUAUAAAACUCAUCAUAUCAAAGAAUAAUGUAUGUAUAUAAGACAAUAUAAAAGUUAUUUUCUAAAGACAUUAAGUUCAAUAGUCUAAUAAGAGAUUAAUGGUUGUCAUUUGUAAUUUAUUCAGGUGUAUGAGAAUCUAUUAAUCAGUGGCUUUAGACUGAAUAUUGUCUAUUUAAACAUAUUUAUUGGACAUAACAUACACAUGUCCAACCUAAGAUGAAAAUCUAUAAGGACUAGUUUUAAACUAAUAUAACUAAUGAUCCAUUUGAGAGAAAAAAAAAGUGAAUAAUCAAUCGCUCGUGGACAAUCUUUAAGAGUGAUUUUUGUUCUAUAAUUUACAAUAACAAUGCUACUACGUCAGUGUAUCAAAUGUGCAUAACUUUUGGUACAUUUCUAGUCUUUCAGUGAAUUUGUAUCCUAAAAUAAUAAAGAAAAAAUAAGCAUACUGAUCCAAGUUA